AUGCUGCUCUCAAGGGCCCGCCGGCGAAUACCCCUCAGUCUCCCUCGCAAUGCCCUCCCUCGGCCUCGAAUAGCGACUCGUCGAUAUGCAUCAAAAGAUACCCAGUUACCAUCCCUGCCAAAAGGCGCGGCUCCAGGUCCAUACCUGAACGACAGCUUUGCGACGCACACCAUGUUCACCGUCGACUUCUUCAGGAGGUUCCUCAAGUUCACCGCCAUUGGCUUCGUACUCCUAGGCGCGACUGGCUUGACUGCAUUUGAGGCGGCUCAUCUGUAUGUGGAGCAUUCAGGACUCUCACCGGAGACCGAUGAAGAGGUGAAGAAGUGGGAGUGGGACCUCGAAGCGGAUAGGUGGACUGGCUCUCCGAACGGAGGCUCCGACCCUGCGCUCGGAUUUUACGGGAGACACGCAAUCAGAAGCGCAUGGAUGGUGCUCAAUUGGGGGACGGGCUCGAACACUGACGUCGUAGCGUCCAAGGCUUUCACGGGCCGCGAGGGCCAAGGUGCGACGCUCGCUCCUAUUCAGGCGAGCUUAGAGUAUGGCCAAGAAUUCCUGCGUGUUGCCAUUGAAAGUGCGGAGAAGGCGCAGAAGGAUGGCAAGAUUCACCCCGGCACCCUCACUGCUCUGCUCGCACGCCGCGCCGACGUCGUAGAAAGGAUGGGUACCCGGAACUCAUUAGACGAGGCCCGCUCGGAGUACGAGCGCAUCUGGAGUCAGUUAGCGGCCAAGGGCCCACAAGCGGCCCACAUUGCGCUGAAGCUCGGUGACCUCAACAGGAGAUUAGGGGACACAGAGGACGCGCUCGCAUGGUGGACUCGUUCGAUACAGCUCGCGCAAGGUGGAGAGAACACAGAAACUCCCACAAACCCGCCCUCUGUCCCUGAAUCGGUUCCCUCAUCACCCCUCGCCCAGCGGACUCUGGUCUCCGCACUUGUUUCCCUCUCCGCCUUCUACGCGACCACUGGUCAACUGAAACAAGCACAAGCUUGUGAAGAUGCCUCACUAAAGCUCCUGCGCUCGCUCCCUGCGCCUCGAGCGUUCGAUGCCGCAACCCCACCCCAAGCUCUUCACCUCCUCUAUAUCCUCCAUCGCUCCUCCAUCCUCUCUAUCCACCACGCAGAAGUGCUGUAUGCGCUCCGGAAGGGGUCCGCGACAUCUAUAGAUUGGCUGUCGCAGGCGGCCCAUUCGUCCGAGCGCGUAGCCCUCUCCCUCAGUGGGCUCCCGCCCGUUCAUCCUGACGCGCCAGGCUCAAAGAUCCCCCACCCGCCUUCCUCGGAGACCCCCCUCGCUGCAGAGUACACGAAUUCGAAGUCCAUGCAUGGACCUGCGAAGGCCCUCCUACGUGACGCUCGCCGGACCGCAGCGGAGGCAUGGAACCUCAUAGGCGUUCUCUCCGAAGGUUCCGGCUCCCCGGACGCGAACGCGAAAGCCCUAGAAUGCUACGAGCGUGCUCUUGGAUGGGCUGGGGUCGGCAGGGAUAAGGCUGGCGGUAUCGGCCAGCCGGGGGAGGGGACGCUCGACACGGAAUACGAGACCUUCUGGGCCAACUAUGUCCGGACGAGGGACGCAGUACGCAGCCAAGAGAAGCGGUAACAGAGGUCAUCGACACCGUCGCAGAUACUCUCACGAUGCGGUGGCCACCUAUCGUACAUCACUGUUAACUUUGUGUUUGCUAGUAUCUUGUUGGUAACGUCGUGCGCGGUCCAGCCCAGAUGAAUCGUCUCCCCGAAGAAGCCUUUACCCAAUCGUAGCGAGAGACGCCCCUCCCUCACCCUCAUUAGUCGGUCGAGUCACCGCUUUGGCUGUGAAGCAGGGUAUGGACGGACUCUUUCUCGGCCAGCACGUGGACCAGCUUGUGUCUCUUGCGGUUCAGACCGACUAUCGUGUUAUAUGGAGGUCGUGCUCGGGGAGUGUGCCUCAUGCACACUAACCCCAAACAGACAUCCGCAACAUCAGUUU